ACCUGCUUUGGCUGCCCUAGCUCUGUAAAAAGGUGAGGGUGGACUGUUGACAUCCUUUGUGCUGCCUGUCUGCCCAGAAGUGUGUAGGAAAGGGGCUGUAGCAAGGAGGAUCAGCAGGAGCAGGGAAUGGGCCCUGGGCCUUCCCUGAGCUUCCCAGGUAAGUCCCCCAAGCCUUCCCUGUGCUCCUCCCCAGUCAUUUGGGAGCAGGGCAAAUGUUUUGUAUUAGUAACAACAGACAAUUACAGGUGUGAUGAAACACAUGUUCUUCAAAAUACUCUUUAGCCUUGGCUGCUGGUAACAGCACCUGCGGAGGUCAGUAAUUCUCCAGAGAGCAACACCGCUCAUGCCAGAGCCAAGGGGCUGUGCCAGGCCCCUCCCAGCCCCAGUCUAUUGCUUGUUUUUGCAUCAGCUGGGAAGAAAAUUGAUUCUCGGGUCCCGGGCUGUGUGCUGUCUCCUGUAUGAACAGGCUGAGGCUGGACACACCACGCCAAGGGCUCCUUUGGUCUCCAGUGAUUGGGCUGCCUGCUUAUUGUAGGCCCCAAAAUCCCUUCAUGAGCAUGGCGCUGUGGCUGCUCAGGCACCUGCAGUGCUAACUUGCUGCUGCUGCCCCCCAAUAAACAGUAGCUCAGCACCCCGGUGUCUCCCAUAGUGGUGUUGGUGCCAGUGCCACCUCCACUCCUGGUGCCCCUGGGGCUCAUGGCCACCAGCCCCUCCUUCCCCAGGGGUCAGUGUGUGUGCUGCCAGGGCCGCGGUGCCCCAUGGCGGAAGAUGGGACCUCCCCGUGGCUGCGGGCAGGACAGGCAGCGCCGGGCAGCUGGAGGGCUGGCGCCGGGCAGGCCCCUGGCGCCGGCUGCUCGCGCACGGCCUGGCAGCCUGCCGCGCUGCCGAGCAGACGGUGCCAGCGGCCCAGCGCGGCGGAGCAAGGCCCCAUGGAUUCGGGAGCUGAGCGGGGCACAGAGGCGGCCGCCAGCCCUGCUGCCUGCUACCGGGAGCUGAGACGGUUCCCGGCUGUCACCCGUGCAGCCCUUGGCAGCGUCGCGGGGGGACAGACCUUCCUGCUCUACACUGAGUGCAGCCGCCACGAUGUGCCCCGCCACCGGCUCCUGCGCUUCAGCCGCCACUACAGCCUGCAGCGUACAGCCAGCGGCCUCGCCGUCAGCCAGGCAGCGCUCAGCACCGAGAUCCACAACCAGCUCCUCAGCCAGGACUCGCCCUCGGGGCAGCACCGUGCCAUGCUCAGCCGAUGCCCGCGGCAGGGCCACGAGCUGCUGGAGGUGUGGGGCAGCAGCGGGCGCAGCCACAGCGUGGACCUGACAGCACUGGGGAAGCACGGGGAGGUGUAUGCGGAGGGGCCCUUUGCCUGCCUGGCCUGGUCCCACUCGGAGGCACGACUGCUCUAUGUGGCUGAGAAGAGCCGACCCAAACCACGGCCCCCCAGCCCCUGGGAUGUGCCAGGAGCAGCCAGGCUGGUGAAGGAGGAUGAGGAUGAGGGGGGCGAGCAGUUCGUGUACCACGAGGACUGGGGGGAGGCGCUGAGCACCCGCAGCGUGCCCGUCCUCUGUGUCCUGGACCUGGCGAGCAGCAGCCUCUCGGUGCUGGAGAACAUCCCAGAGCACCUCUCCCCUGGCCAGAUGACAGUGGUGUGGUCUUUGUGGGCUGGUGGCACGAACCCUUCCGCCUGGGGCUCAGAGCCUGCUCCAACAGGAGGUCAGGGAUUUUCCACCUGGACCUGGCCAGUGGGUGUUGCGGUGAGUACUGGGAUGUGGGGCGUUACUUGGGGGUCCCCGAGGUGCUCAAGCCUGCCACCCACAGAGCUGCUGUCGGCUGAAUGUGGUGCUGCCUGCUCCCCCCGGCUGAGCCCCGAUGGCCAGCGCCUGCUCUACCUGGAGGGGACUGUGGGGGGGCCCCACCGGCAGUGCCUGCGCCUGCGCAUGCUCACCUGGCAGACAAGGCAGACAGUGACCGUGCUUGAGGUGGUGCAGGAACCCACGGAGGCCUUUGCUGGGAUCUACACAGAGGAGCUUCCACUGCGGUGCUGGGCAGCCGACAGCCGGCGAGUGGUGCUGAGCACCCCACAGCGGAGCCGUACGGACCUGCUGCUCGUGGACACAGAGGCAGCCACUGUCACCAACCUGACAGCAGAGUCACCCGAAGGGUGCUGGGAGCUGCUCACCCUCCAGUGGGACCUGCUGGUGGCCACCUGCUCAGCCCCAAACCGUCCCCCCAGCCUGGUGGUGGCGGUGCUGCCACCAGCAGGACAGGAGCUUCCCCUCUGCUGGGUGCCAGUGGAGGAUGCCCCAACAGUGCCCGGUGUCACCUGGAAGACCCUGACGGUCCAGCCACCCUGCAAUGGGCAGAGCCGCACUGCACACAGCACCCAGACUUUUGAGGCUCUGUUGCUGAGCCCGCCGAACAGCAUGGCACCACACCCCCUUGUCGUGUGCCCCCAUGGUGGCCCCCAUGCAGUCUUUGAUGCCCGCUGGCGUCCGAGCAUGGCUGCACUGUGCCAGCUGGGCUUCGCCAUGCUCCUGGUGAAUUACCGUGGCUCCCUGGGUUUCGGCCAGGCCAGCAUCACCUCCCUGCUCUCCCGCGUUGGUGAGCAGGAUGUGGCGGACACCCAGCUGGCAGUGGAGCAGGCGCUGCAUAGCGAGCCCUUGGACCCGCACCGCCUGGCCCUGCUGGCUGGUUCUCAUGGAGCCUUCAUUGCCCUGCACCUCCUCGCCCGUGAGCCCAAGCGCUACCAAGCCUGUGCCCUGCGUAGCCCUGUCUCCAACCUGCCCGCUCUGCUGGGCACCUCUGACAUCCCUGACUGGCGCUAUGUCUCCCUGGGGCUGCCGUACUCCUUUGAGCGGGUGCCCCGUGCCGAGGAGGUGGCCACCAUGCUGCUGCGCUCACCCAUUGCCCAGGUGGCCCAGGUGCAGACGCCAGUGCUGCUGUGUGUGGGUGGCCGGGACCGGCGAGUCAGCCCCACACAGGCUCUGGAGUUGUACCGGGUGCUGCGGGCCAAGGGGGUGCCGGCACGGCUGCUGUGGUACCCAGAGGGCGGCCACGCGCUCACUGGUGUGGAGACAGAGGCCGAUGUCUUUGGGAACUGCGCCUGCUGGUUUCUCCAGCACGUGGGACAGCCCUGGCGGGACAGGAUGGACUGGCACAGCACCUAGCACCCACUGCGGCCCUGCGGCUGUGCCGGCCCCAGGGUGACCGCUGGCCCUGGGGACCACACCAGUACCAGAGCAGGAUGGAGUGAGCGUUGCCAGGGGCAGGAUGGCGUGGGUUGGAGUUUGGAGCUAAAUAAAUGUCUAAGACUCUGUGCAGCACAGAUAUCCACAG